GUAUCCGUUACUCCUUAGACGUUUGCGCCGACGAGGUAAAGGCUUUGUCUGCCCUGAUGACAUUCAAGUGUUCCUGCGUGGACGUCCCCUUCGGCGGUGCCAAGGCUGGUCUCAAGAUAAACCCCAGGGACUACUCCAUCAAUGAGCUGGAGAAGAUUACCCGUCGAUUCACCCUCGAGCUGGCCAAGAAGGGGUUCAUUGGCCCGGGUGUGGAUGUCCCCGCACCUGAUAUGGGGACAGGAGAGCGGGAGAUGUCUUGGAUUGCAGAUACUUUCGCCAAAACCAUUGGACAUCUUGACAUCAAUGCUCAUGCCUGUGUCACGGGCAAGCCCAUCAACCAAGGUGGCAUCCAUGGCCGUACAUCUGCCACUGGGCGAGGUGUGUUCCACGGCCUGGAAAACUUCAUCAAUGAGGCAUCAUACAUGUCCAUGAUUGGCAUCACUCCUGGAUGGGGUGGAAAAACUUUCAUUGUGCAGGGCUUUGGUAAUGUCGGUCUUCACAGUAUGAGAUAUCUUCACCGUGCAGGAGCCACUUGCAUAGGUAUCAAGGAAGUCGAUGGCUCAAUCUACAACCCCAAUGGUAUUGAUCCUAAGGAACUGGAGAAUUGGAAGAUUGAGAAUGGUACAAUCAUGGGAUUCCCUGGUGCUGAGACUUAUGAAGGAGAGAACCUUCUGUACGAGAAGUGCGACAUCCUCAUCCCUGCUGCUAUUGAGAAGGUCAUUCACAAGGGCAAUGCACAUAAGAUCCAGGCAAAGAUCAUUGCUGAGGCUGCCAAUGGACCUACAACCCCUGCUGCUGACCAAGUUCUACAAGACAUGAAUGUUUUGGUCAUCCCAGAUCUCUACAUCAAUGCUGGUGGUGUAACUGUGUCAUACUUUGAAUGGCUGAAGAAUCUCAAUCACGUGUCAUAUGGUCGUCUUACCUUCAAAUAUGAGAGAGAAUCCAACUACCAUCUGUUAGACUCUGUGUCCCAUUCUCUGUCCAAACACUUUCAGCAGGAACUAUCAGUAACUCCCAGUGAAAAGUUUGCCAGUCGCAUUGCUGGUGCAUCUGAGAAAGACAUUGUCCACUCUGGUUUGGACUACUCCAUGGAACGCUCUGCCAGAGCCAUCAUGAGAACUGCAAUCAAGUAUAACUUGGGCAUUGAUCUCCGUACUGCUGCUUAUGUCAAUUCCAUUGAGAAGAUCUUCAACACCUACAAGGAGGCUGGUCUUACAUUCACCUAAAAUCCUUUUUGGCAUGUUGGCAAAUUCAUGGGCUGUUUCCAUCACAGAUUAAAAGAAGAAGAAGAAGAAGAAGAAAUGGAAGAGCAUGUUUGCUGUGGGGAAGAAAAGUAUGGAUGGUACAAGAAUUUCACAUCUGUAUUAUACCAAGUGAAAUUGCAUUUAAAGUAUGGUGGCAAGAAUGUUUCACAAAUUUUGGAGUGCAAGCAGAAAGGGUUUCUCUGUCAGCUUUUAUUAAUGAAAGUGUUAUGCAGCUGAUUUCUUUUUGCUUUAUGGUUAACAGACUUGAGAUGAGGAGUUGAAUGUUUUUAUAGGUAUUUGAUUCAUACAUCAGAACGGUAUUUUUUGAUUCAGGGAACAGAAAGGAAUAUAAAAAUGAAUGGUAUUUUUUACCAAACUUGUAAAUUACAAAUAAAUGUUAAUAGGGUACCACAUUGUUUCUUCGUCACAUCAUCUAUUUAAUUAACAUUGCAGUAAAGAGGAUAUAAUGCUUUUGAUGAUAAUGGCAACACAGGGAUUUUCUUGUCCAUACACAUUAGCCAAAUUGUUAGUAUGUAUAGUAAUUCAUUUAAAUGUUAAUGGAUAAUAUUCUCCAUGUUCUGCAAGGCAGGUGACCUUGUGAUGGUUUAUUUUAUUACCAAAAAUACCCAUUAUUGGGCAAAAUA